CACGCCAAGAGUUUAAUGACGACUCGGCAAAACCGUCCAUAAAGAAUAUGAAGACAACCGCAGACAAAAGAUGUCUGGAAAUAUUUUGGAGCGAUGGCGUCACCUCGCGAUAUCCUCAUGUCCUCCUGCGCGACAGCUGCAAAUGUCCACAGUGUUCUGUGCAUCAAACCGUCGUCAAUGCAAUCGUGGAAUUUGGCGUCGACAUUUCAUUAAAGAAGUCGACAGUUUCCGACGCUGGGAAAACGCUCUCGUGUCUUUGGCCAGACGGGCAUGAAAGCGAGUAUUCCAGUGAAUUUCUUUUACGAAUGAGAAUGCCAGAAAGCAGGAUAAAAAGAGGCGGGAAUGUGGAUGAUCUUGUGAAAGAUGAACUGAUGUUGUGGAACCGAGAAACGAUGCAAAACGCAAUACCGUCUUACGAUUACAAUGACAUCAUGAAUGAUCACCGCUGUCUUUUCGAUUCGCUUUACGAUCUGUAUCAACGGGGUAUGAUUAUGCUUAACAAUGCACCUCAACGUGAUGGCGUAGUUUUGGAAAUGGUCGCUAAGAUCGGUUGGGGAAGGAAGACAAACUUUGGGGAUUGCUGGAAUGCCAAAGUUGUUGACAACCCUACCAAUAUCAGCUACACGAACAACGCGUUAUAUUUCCACACCGAUAUAUCAAAUGUUUGUUCACCGCCGUCUAUUGCAGCAUUACAUUGUAUCGAUCAACCAGACCAGGAGAGGGGUGGUAUAAGUCUUUACGUUGAUGGUUUUAAUGUCGUUAAACAGCUGAAACAAACCUGCCCUGAGGCAUUCGAUCUUUUAAAAAACGUCGAGGUAAAAUUUGCUGACGAAGGAACAAAUGUCACCGGGGAAUAUUCCAUAAGUUAUUCCAACCCCAUUAUCAAAACAAACAAACAUGGACGAAUCACGGAUUUCAUCGUCAGCAACAUGCUGAUGUCAGAGAUUGACAAGUACACAACCGUCGACCAACUUCUUCAAUUCCACGAUGCUUAUCAUGAACUCAUGAAAAUACUCUAUGCACCAGAAAACACCGUCGAUUACCAUAUGAGCCCAGGCCAGAUAGCCGUAAUUCAAAACACAAGGGUCCUACACGGAAGAACGGCCCUUGAUACAACAGCAGGGCCUCUCAAAAGAUGGAUUCAGGUCACAUACAUGGAUUGGGAUGCGGUUUUCUCGAAACUUCGCGUCUUACAAAGAAAACUCGGCCUUAAAAGUCCUUAUUUGCAUGAAGUAUCAAAUGACUUUUUUUAAACUGGAUCAGGGGCGCAUAUAAAAAGUAUAUCUGGAGCACAGAAUACCUAUCAGAAGUAGAACUCCUGUAAUUUUUUCGUAAGUGUGAUUCGUCAUGAUUCGUCACUUAGCAAGUGCAUUUUUUUCGUCACUUAGCAAGGGAAUAUCGCGCGCGCCAUAUUGCUAAAUUUUGGCAGGGGGGUGACUGCCUCAAAAAAUGCACUUGCUAAGUGACGAAUCAUGACGAAUCACACUUACGAAAAAAUAGUAUAGAGUUAUUCUUCUGAUAGGUAUUCUGUGUCUGGAGUCUCCCGCGUUCGUUGAAGGCGCCAGGAUUUUUUUAAAUUUAAAACCUUUGGAAGCUUUAUUUUGGGUUGCUAUUUAUUUCGGCUAUAGCCUAUAGAUCUGUCACCAGGAAUCGCCGGGUUCGCUAAUUAUAACACUAAUUUCACAAACUCUGGGGGUAUCACCCUCCCUCCCCCAAUGUGCGC